AUGGCAUACCCAUUCCCAUUCGAAUGCGAGCCCUUCUACUUGCGCCCCUUCCUAAUAGUCAAGUCUAUUACCGGGGUAUUCUUCACGAUAUUGAUCAACUUCGUCAUCCCAGUAGCCGUGGCAUUGGCCAUAAUAUUCGUCAUCGGCUUGGUACUUUUCGCUAUACUUGCCGUGGUAUUUGGAUGGGGUCCAGAUUCCGAGGAGAUUAAAGCGAAGAGAGAGAAAGAGAAGAAGGAACGAGAACAGAAAGAGCGAGAACACGAGGAGAAUCAGAACCAGGGAAAGCCAGAUGCAGAACUAUUCACUGCUCCUCUUCCCGCAACCGCAAGUGGUCCUGGUGGUACUACCUAUGACCUGGAGAAGCGUCUUGAGAUUGAGCUUGAACUUCUUGGGGAGAUGGUUGUUGCUCGGAGGGAGAGGUUGGCGGCUUUGAGGAUGACGCAUUCCGGAGAUGAGGCUGAGUAUUUGGAGGUUUUGGAAAAGCUUGAAUAG